UUUAAUUUUACGUAUGUACAACAAACUGUCAAACCAAAGUAGCUUGAGUUGCGUUAUCCCCUCAUCAUGUGGACGAAAAAUUCAUCCAGCUACCAAUGUUAAAAUCAGAGGUGAUCAUUCAACCGCAGAAGGAACUGUUUGUUAAACGUGAAGAGGUUAUCAAUAAACUAAUGUAAUAACUUUCUUUCUAUAUACAUGCUAUCAACUUUACCUAUAUGACAUUAAUCCUAUAGAAUUUAGAGUGAGAGCAAGAGAGAAUUUAGAGAGAUCAUGGCUGAUAAUGAUGAGGUCAAUCAAUCCAUAUUACUUCGCAAACAAUCCUCGUUGCAGCCAGUGAGCUCUGAACUUGAAGAAAUAUUAUCUAACAUGGAAUUCACAUACUUUCAGCGUCUCCAAAAAGCUGUCUUGCUAGAGCUGAAAACACUAUUUCUUUUAGCUGGGCCUUCAGUUGUGGCUUACUUGCUCAAUAAUGUAGUUUCCAUGUCUACUCAGAUCUUCUGUGGCCAUCUUGGCAAUCUUCAGCUUGCUGCUGCUUCUCUUGGCAACACAGGAAUCCAAAUUUUCGCCUAUGGCCUCAUGCUUGGAAUGGGAAGUGCAGUCGAGACACUAUGUGGCCAAGCCUAUGGGGCACAUAAAUAUGAGAUGCUAGGUGUUUAUCUACAGAGAUCAACGGUUCUUCUCACUGCAACUGGGAUACCAGUCACUCUCAUAUACAUUUUCUCCAAGCAAAUCUUGCUGGCUCUUGAUGAAUCAAAAGAAAUUGCAUCAGAGGCUGCGAUUUUCGUCUAUGGUCUUAUUCCACAGAUAUUUGCUUAUGCUGCCAAUUUUCCAAUCCAAAAGUUCUUACAGGCUCAGAGCAUUGUUUUCCCUAGCGCAUACAUAUCAACGGGAACGCUGGUGGUGCAUCUCUUAAUAAGUUGGCUUGCUAUUUAUAAAUUUGGUUGGGGAUUGUUAGGUGCCUCACUGGUUUUGAGCUUGUCCUGGUGGAUUAUAGUGGUGGCACAGUUUGCAUACAUUUUGGCUAGUCCAAAGUGCAAACGAACAUGGACUGGAUUCACUUGGCAAGCCUUCUCUGGCCUGUGGGAUUUCUUGAAGUUGUCUGCUGCAUCGGCUGUGAUGUUGUGCCUUGAGACUUGGUACUACCAAAUAAUUGUUUUGGUUGCUGGGCUGCUGAAAAAUGCUGAAAUUGCCUUGGAUUCCCUCUCCAUCUGCAUGGCUAUAUCAGGGUGGGUGUUCAUGAUUUCAGUGGGUUUCAAUGCAGCUGCAAGUGUGAGGGUAAGCAAUGAGCUAGGAGCUGGACAUCCCAAAUCAGCAUCUUUUGCUGUUGUGAUAGUGACUUUAAGCUCCUCAUUCAUAUCUUUGAUCAUCGCUAUUCUUGUGCUGUUAUUGCGCAAUUACUUGAGCUACAUCUUCACUAGUGGUACAACAGUAGCCAAAGCUGUGGCAGAACUCUCUCCUUUCCUUGCACUUUCUAUCUUACUAAAUGGAAUCCAACCUGUUUUAUCAGGGGUGGCUGUUGGGUGCGGAUGGCAAGCUUUUGUCGCAUACGUUAACGUGGGAUGUUACUAUUUCAUUGGUAUACCACUAGGUUGCGUUCUUGGAUUCACUUUUGAUAUGGGAGCCAAGGGAAUAUGGUCUGGAAUGUUAGGAGGCACUAUCAUACAGACUCUCAUUUUGUUAUGGACUACAUUUCGUACUGAUUGGAAUAAAGAGGUUGAGAAAGCACAGACUCGUUUGGAAAGAUGGGACGACGUUACCGAUCGACUUUUGAAGGAUUAAACGGCUGCUUUUUUUAUAUGUCGAGAACUUGUUUUGCUUCGCAUAAGCAUCAAAUGAUUCACAUAUAUUUAAUUGUGAUUGUUAAAACUAUCCUUUAUGGUUUAUAUUAUUUAUAAAAAAUAAAUCUGUUACUAAUA